AUUGUUUUACGUAACCUAUAUCAUGUCAGUUUCUCUGUCUUGGUCCGCGCGCUAAGACUUCUGUUCUUGUUCAUUCUAGUGGCACUUGCGGGUAUAGAGACUCAGCGCAUCUAUGAUUGAAUCAUCGCUGUAAAAGAGGUUUUUUUCUACUGUGAAGUUUGGAUCGGUGCAGACAUGGGAGAUCCUUCUUUACAAAGGGACUGUCCACUGGAUUGUAAGGUCUAUGUUGGCAAUUUGGGAAACAGUGGUAACAAAAAUGAGUUGGAGAGAUCGUUUGGAUAUUACGGUCCACUCCGAAGUGUUUGGGUGGCCAGAAAUCCUCCGGGCUUUGCUUUUGUGGAGUUUGAAGAUCCAAGAGAUGCAGCCGAUGCUGUGAGAGAGCUUGAUGGAAGGACAGUUUGUGGUUGUCGAGUGAGAGUUGAAAUGUCCAGCGGUGAAAAACGUUCUAGGUAUCGAGGACCACCUCCAUCUUGGAAUCGCCGUCCACGUGAUGAUGCGAGACGUCGCAGUCCACCUCAACGACGCCGUUCUCCCAGGAGGCAGAGCUUCAGUCGUAGCCGGAGCAGGUCCCUGUCCAGGGAGAAGAGAAGAGAGAGGUCUUUAUCCCGAGAUAGAACCUAUAAACCUUCUAGGUCUUUCUCAAGAUCACGCAGUCGUUCACGAUCCGCUGGAAGGAAAUGAGAUGGGUCAAUGCAGCCCUGUUGAGAAAAGUGUGUACAGGCCCUAUCAACAUAACAGGAUUAUGGAAAAGAAUGAUGGAUGCGGGUGUUUUUUUUUUUUUUGCUCAUGAAGUAUUUUAAAAUGUCUUGUUCCCUUAGUAUUUUCCCCUAAGGUAUCUGUACUUCAGUGGGUAGCAAGGGCUUUGUUCUGCCUGAAUGCCUGGACUGUCAUUUUUAGCUUUUUAGGCAGUGAAACCUCUGAAUGGAAUAACUCGUGUCUGACUUAGACGAUCGGUUGUAACCAGUUUUGUAUUUUUUGUUUGUAUUCGAAUUAAACAAAAUUCUUCACUC